AUGGCCAUUAAGAAAGCUGGUGUUUUAGGGGCCACUGGUUCAGUGGGCCAACGUUUCAUCUUGUUGUUGGCUAACCACCCCGACUUCGAGAUCCACGCCUUGGGUGCUUCUGCCAGAUCCGCUGGCAAGGAAUACCAACAGGCUGUGACUUGGAAGCAGACUGAUUUGUUGCCAGAAUUCGCCAAGACCAUCAAGGUCCAGGAGUGCAAGGCUGAGGGUGCCUUUGCCGAGUGUGAUGUUGUGUUUUCCGGCUUGGAUGCAGACUAUGCUGGUGAGAUCGAGCAGGAGUUCGUGGAUGCUGGUUUGGUGGUUAUCUCCAACGCCAAAAACUACAGAAGAAGCCCAGAUGUGCCUUUAAUCGUUCCUAUCGUCAACAUCGACCACUUGUCUGUCAUUGAGAAAAAGGUCGCUGCUGCCAAGGCUGCUGGCACCAAGAAGCAGGGUUACAUUAUCUGUAUCUCCAACUGUUCCACUGCCGGAUUGGUGGCUCCAUUGAAGCCAUUGGUCGACAAGUUCGGUCCUAUCGAUGCCUUGACUGCCACCACCUUGCAGGCCAUCUCGGGAGCCGGGUUUUCACCUGGUGUCUCUGGAAUCGAUGUGUUGGAUAACAUCGUGCCUUACAUUGGUGGUGAAGAAGACAAGAUGGAGUGGGAAACCAAGAAGAUCUUGGGUAACAUAAAUAAGGAGGGCACCGAGUUUGCUCCAUUGUCGGACGAUGAAAUCAAGGUUAGUGCUCAAUGUAACCGUGUUUCCGUCAGCGACGGCCACACCGAGUGUAUCUCGUUCAGAUUUGCCAACAGACCUGCUCCUUCAGUCGAAGACGUGAAGCAAGCUUUGCGUGACUACGUCUGUGAUGCCACCAAAUUGGGAUGUCACUCUGGUCCAAAGCAAACCAUCCACGUUCUCGAAGAACAAGACAGACCUCAGCCAAGAUUGGACAGAAAUAGAGACAACGGUUACGGGGUUUCUGUUGGUAGAGUGAGGGAAGACCCUGUGUUGGACUUCAAGAUGGUCGUGUUAUCUCACAACACCAUCAUCGGUGCUGCUGGUGCCGGUAUUUUAAUUGCUGAAGUCUUGAAGGCCAAGGAAUUAAUUUAG